AUAGUCACAGAGAAUCCCGCCAGUGCCGUGGGACCCGCUACCUGCACGUGAAAGUCUCGCCCGAGCAGUCCCCCGACACGACAACAAUUCUCCCCAAGCAACUAGUCACUAGAUCCAACAGACUCAUUCCCCUACAUACCAUAGGAAAAGUCAUGUCGGGACGUACUUUUGCAAGGUCUGCCAUCAGGGCUGCCAAGUCUGCCUCACAGGCCCGUGCCUUUACGGCGCUCACCCGUCAGGCAGCACCGAGAUUGACAGCAACCUCCAACACCGCUGCACCCAUCUCGCAAACGCGCGGUGUCAAGACUCUUGAUUUUGCAGGUCACAAGGAGGAGGUGUUUGAGCGCUCUGACUGGCCUCGUGAGAAGCUGCAGCAGUUCUUCAAGGACGAUGUCAUGGCGCUUAUCGGAUAUGGAUCUCAGGGACACGGCCAGGGUCUCAACAUGCGCGACAAUGGUCUCAAUGUCAUUGUCGGUGUCCGCAAGGAUGGUGAAUCCUGGAGGCAGGCACAAGAAGAUGGAUGGGUCCCUGGUAAGACCCUCUUCACUGUUGAGGAAGCCAUCAAGAAGGGAACAUACAUCAUGAACCUCCUCUCUGAUGCCGCUCAGUCUGAGACUUGGGCCGCCAUCAAGCCUUUGAUCACCAAGGACAAGACACUUUACUUUUCCCACGGAUUCUCCGUGGUUUACAAGGAGGACACUAAGGUCAUCCCACCGACCGACGUCGAUGUCAUCCUUGUCGCACCCAAGGGAUCCGGCCGAACUGUGCGUUCGCUUUUCAAGGAAGGUCGUGGCAUCAAUGCCUCCAUUGCCAUCCACCAGGAUGUGACUGGUAAGGCUGAGGAGAAGGCUCGUGCCAUGGCUGUUGCCGUUGGUACGGGAUACGCCUACAAGACGACAUUUGAGAAGGAGGUCUUUUCCGACUUGUACGGAGAGCGUGGUUGUUUGAUGGGUGGUUUGCAAGGUAUGAUGAUGGCACAAUACGAGGUGCUGCGCGAGCGUGGUCACUCUCCCUCCGAGGCCUUCAACGAGACUGUUGAGGAAGCCACACAGUCACUCUACCCGCUUGUGGGCGGUAAAGGUAUGGACUACAUGUUCAACGCUUGCUCGACGACUGCUCGUCGUGGUGCGCUCGACUGGUACCCCAAAUUCUACAAGGCCCUCAAGCCUGUGUUCAAUGAGCUGUAUGAUGCCGUCGCAGAUGGUAGCGAGACAAGGCGCUCGUUGACCUUCAACAGCUCAAAAACAUACCGCGAGGACUUGCAAAAGGAGCUCGACAUCAUUGACAACAUGGAGAUGUGGAAGGCCGGUAAGACUGUGCGACAGCUGCGUCCAGAGAACCUUUAGAGAGGUUCUGUGUCGCAUCUCUCAUAGCCUGUUCAUAGCCACCAAAAGUCAUCCGUUUCUUCACUCAUCUCAAGUGAUCUGGCUUGUAUUUUCUACAACUUGUCAACUUGUCAUGCAUCAUGCUGCUGGC